GGGCUUCAGUGUGCGUCAGCUGUGUGUGUUUGUUCGUUUACAAUGGACGUAAGUAAUUACUUCACCCAAGUUUCAUGCAUUAUGUUGUGUUUUAUGGAAGACAUAAUGCUAACUAAUUUGGAUAAUACAGUGAGUAAUAAGAUAAAAACUGAACCCAUAACAAAACCUUCCCAUGGCUUUGCUUUACUGAAAGAGCUGGACUUGCAGCGGAGAACAGGAGCCUUCUGUGACUGCGUGAUACGUCUCCACGUGCACCCAGACAAGCUCUUCUUGGCCCAUAAAAGUGUCCUUGCUGCCUUCAGUCCAGUGUUCGCCACUCUCCUUCCUCAGCACGGUUCCUUCCUGGACUUUACUUCCCCUUUGCUCACCCCGGAAACCCUGGCUUUGCUUCUGGAGUACAUGUACACCGGCACGUUGCCCCCAAAGAGCCAUGAAGAACCAGUGCUGUAUGCAGCUUUCCACCUGCAGAUGGAGCAAUUGCAGCAUGCACUGACCCACAGGAGAAACGAGAAAGAGAUCACAGACACUGUUCAGGACCAAACCAACAGAAAGAGGGGGUUUACAGAGCAUGAAGCUCUAUCUGCUUCAUCAUAUUUUCCAUAUGGCUCAGACCAGCCACCACCAUCCACACCAAGCUACGAGGCUGUGCCAGUCAUACGCCACCUCAAGACGACGGGAAACAAUAAUCUUCCACUGCAAAACCACUGUCUUGAUAAAACCCUCGAUGUUGAGCAUGUCUCAGAGGCCAACAAACACCCUCAGAGCUCUCAAGAUAAUAAUUUAUUGCUUGAUUCAUUUUUUGAGUCAUCACAGUCAAAACAUGACAAGACAGAGAAUUCAGUUAAUGACAUCUCAGAUGUUGUUGCUGAGGAAGUUGAAAAGUUUAAUAGCUUCUGCAAGAUUGGACAAUUUCAAUCCAAUGGCUCUCAUACCAUCGCAGCUCUCCGUUCAAAUACUUAUAAUAAAGAUCAGUGUGUGCAUAGUGCUGACACCAGGCCUAAACAUUUGUCUCCAGAUCCUGACUGUAGAAUAAGUGCCAAUAUAUGUGUUUCAGAUGUGGACAGUGUCCAGUCAUUAAAUCCUUCUGAAUCAGAAAGACAUGUCCAAGUACCAGGAAUUCUCUCAAACACCUUUAGUGAUAAGAAGUCAUACAACACCACUGAUAACAACUCUGAGAACACAUCUCAUGCUGGUAGUCAACAAAUGGCAGGAACUUGUAAAAGGCAAGACAAUUUAUAUUUAGAAAAUUCUAGCAGUUCUGACACAAAUAGUACAAUAUGUGAAAAAGGAACUUCAGAUCUUAAUGAGUGGCAUAAAAUGGGCCAAUAUUAUGCUCCAACAUCUGAAAUGGUGACUGUGGAAAAAGUUGUCUUGGGUGAAGAAUCUCAAAAAAACAGUCAUACUAAUUGCUGUGACUUCUCCAAACUGAGGAAAGACUGUGUAAAUCAGGGACACUUAAGAUACCAUUGCCUCCCAGAGUCAAAUGAUUCAGACAGUGACGAGACAUCUCCAGGGUCUAAUGUGGAUGUGAAAGACAGCUCUGAAGUUCUGGAGACAAUAGAUGUGACAGAGAUAUUGUGCUCGACCAGAGAACAACUAAAGUCUGGAUCUCUCACUUACUCAAAGACACGUCAGUUCCAGUGCUCUGUUCCAGAGUGUGAGAAGGCCUUCAGCCAGCGCGGGUCCUUGAAUAGACACAUGCGUUCACACCUGGGCAUUCGUCCUUACUCCUGUCCCCUCUGCACCAUGACUUUUUCCAGACAAUACAGGGUCAAUGAGCACAUGCGUGUCCACCAGAGGAGCUGUGAGGACCCACCUUAAUCCUUAUGUCCUUAAGUGAUACUGUACAUAAAAUUACUCCAUUAUUCAUAUUGGGUAUAUUCAGAGAAUUGCCAGAGUGUCCAACUCUGGUCCAAUAUUCUGUGAUGUACUGCAGAGUUGAACUAUUAUUUCUGGUUGUAACAUAUCCAGAUAAGCUCAAUUAGGCUUGGUAAUUACCUGUCUUGUUGGAGAGAAGGGUCAGAAGUAGUGUAGGAAUGUUCCUGUAGAUCUCCUUCCUGGUAACUGUCACAUUGAAGCACCCCAUCAUACUUGGCUUCCCGUGGAUGAAACUCCACAAUCCUCAGAUCUCCUGGAUGGACAAGGAAAUCACCUGCUGGUCAUCUUAUUGUCACUGCCACUGCAUCCAGGCAGCUCAGCUCGUCGUGACCUCAACUUCGGGGGAAAUCCCAGAGGACCAUACCCUCUCACGAUCCCAUCCAAUUACUUCGAUCUGAGGGAGGUUUUCAGUAAGGCCAAGGCCAACGGGUUACCCCUACACUGCUCCUAUGACUGCACUUUGAGCUGCUGCUGGAGCCACUCCUCCUUGCAACUGGAUUUACCCACUGACUGUAGCUGAACAGCAAGCCAUGGAGGAGUACAUCCAGGAGGCACUCCAGCAGAGGUACAUCCACCUGUCCAUGUCUCCCACCUCAGCUGGUUUCUUCUUCAUGUGGAAAAAAGGGGACAGCCUCAGACCCUGCACUGACUAUUGGGGAUUAAACCGAAUAACAGUCAAGUACUGGUACCCUCUGCCUCAAGUCCCUGGAGUCCUUGAGCAACUCACAAAAAUUUUCACAAGACUGGACCUCCACAGUGCAUACAACCUGGUGUGUAUCUGGGAGGGGGAUGAGUGGAAGACAGCAUUUAGCACUUCCUCUGGCCACUACAAGUAUUGUGUGAUGCCAUAUGGAGUCUCUUGCACUCAGUCUUCCAAUGCGUGUUAAAUGAUGUCCUGAGGGACAUGCUGGGGAAAUACAUCAUCGCUUAUAUCGAUGAUAUCCUGAUCUAUUCCCCUCCUAAACUCAAGUGUUCCACAUCUGUCAGGUCCUCCAGCACCUCAUGAAACACCAUCUGUAUAUCAAAGGUGAGAAGUGCGAGUUUCACCAGUGCACGAUCAUCAAUCAUCAGCCCAGACGGAGCAACCAUGGACCAGGCCAAGGUGGCAGCUGUCAUAGACUGGCCAACACCCAAGAUGGGCAAGGACCUGCAGCGAUUCCUCGGCUUCACUAAAUCCUACAGGCAUUUCAUCUGGGGCUUCAGCUUCAUAGCACAUCCCCUGACUUCACUCCUCAGGAAGGGGCCUAAGUGCCUGGACUGGAACCCCGUCACCGAGAAGGUCCUUAACCAGCUCAAAGGUGCAUUUACCACACCUCCCAUCCUCAAACACCCUGACCCUUCAUGGCCUUUCGUCAUCAAGGUAGAUGCCUCUGAGAUGGGGAUGGGAGCCAUCCUGUGCCAGUGGUUCAGAAAGAAGCCUAAACUUCAUCCUUUGGCUUCUCUAAGAAGUUAUCCCCAGCUGAACAGAAUUAUGACACUGGGAACUGGGAGCUACUGAUGGUGAAAUUAGCCCUUGAAGAGUGGUGCCACUGGCUGGAGCAGGCCACUCACACAUUCACAAUAUUCACAGAUGACAAAAACCUUGAGUACCUCAAGCCUGCAAAGUGCCUGAACCCCCAUCAAGCCCAGUGGUCCCUCUUCUUUGCCUGGUUCCAGUUCACCGUUUUCUACCAGCCCGGCUCCAAAAACAUGCAUGUAUGCAUGCCGCCCUCCCACGAGAGGGCAGCAAGGAGCUCAUUCUUCCUUUCUCCUGCUUCGUGGGUGCCACUGACUGGGAACUGGACCAGGCCAUCACUCGCACCCCUUAGCAGCAAAUUCCCAGUGCAUGUCCCCCAAACAAACAGUUUGUACUGGUUAAGCUGUGAGCCAGACUUAUCACGUGGGCACACACCUCCGUAGUGACGGGCCACCCAGGCAAACAAUGCACUUACCAUCUGAUGUGGAACAAAUACUGGUGGCCAAACAUGCAUGCGGACAUGCACCAUGUUGUCUCUACCUGUACAGCUUGUGCCCUAGCCAAAGUACCAUGAACUCUACUGGCAAGCUCCUGCCGCAGCCCACACCCCAAAGGCCCCACAUAGCGUCCGAUUUCAUCCCUGACCUGCCAGAAUCCCACAGUCAUCCUGGUUAUCAUCGACCACUUCUUUAAAUCACUGUACCUCAUCCCCCUGCCCAGCCUGCCCACAGCCUUCCCCACAGCUGAGCUCCUCUUCAGCCAUGUGUUCCGGUAUUUCAGGAUUCUGGAGGACAUUGUGAGCGACCAGGACCCUCAGUUCACCUCUCAAGUGUGGGCCAGCUUUAUGGAAAAACUGGGGUUAACCGUAAACCUGACCUCAGGUAUCACCCACAAGCCAACGGGCAGAUGGAGAGGGUGAACCAGGAGAUUGGCCGGUUUUUGUGUAUGUUCUGUGCAGAUAUCCAGGAGGAUUGGGCCCAAGUCCUGCCAUGGGCAGAAUAUGCCCAGAACUCACUGCUAUACUCAGCGCCCCCAACACGCAACUCACUCCCUCCCGAUGUGCACUUGGGUACCAGCCCCUCUGUUCCCCUGGAACACCUGCCCCACCCACUUGACAGCUGCAGACAAUUGGUUCUGGCAGAGCGAACAAGUAUGGGAAAGCACCAAACCAGUGUCUCAAACAGGUGGCCCAGACAAACAAAGACAACAAAGACCAGCACAGAGGAGAGACCCCCCUACCAGCUGGGAGACAGAGCCUGGCUUGCCACCAGAGACCUUUGACAACCCCAAACAUGUACAAAGUUAAGCCCCAGGUACAUCGGCCCCUUCAAUGUCCUUAAAAAGAUCAACAAGGUCACCUACAAGCUGGACCUCCCAUGACACUGCUGCAUAGACCUCUCAUUUCACAUCUCCAACCUGGGCCCCUAGCCACUAACCUCCCGCCCACCAUCCCAUCAGCCCCUCUCGACAACAAAAGGUCAACCUGCGUACCUGGUAAAAGCAAUAUUCAACUCCCAUAACAAGACUGGCUGGCUAGAGUACCUUACUGAGUGGGAGGGGUACAGACCAGAGGAACAAUGUUGGGUCCCAGCACACGACA